AUGUUGCUUUGGCGCAUCAAACCGCUCUGGGCCCUCGCCUUGAUGGGUCCAGGAUGCAAUGCACAUGCACUGUCGGAUCAGUGGCUUCCUACUUGCCCGGGAGGGAUCAGGGUCGUCCAGACUCAGCCCAUCAAAAUCGUCGAUGGAUUAACUACGACUUAUGAGACUUUGACGAGCACAUUUAUGAUCUCAUAUGAUGCUAGCUUCAGCACCACCACCAUCUACGGCGAUGGCGAUGCAACGACCUUCACCGUCCCGCCUCCCGACUCCCAAGGACAGUCGCAAAUUAUCACCGUUAUUGUAAAGACAGACGUGACUAUGGCCACCACAGUCCCAACACUAAGUGUCAAUGAAACCACCACUAUUCCGCCUGAAAAUAGCAGUGACGUGCCAACCGUGCUUAUAAAACGACCAGUGGAUAGCUCUUCGGCUGGGCCCAACAGCGAAGAGUCGACGAUGCUGAGCAAUAGUCAAAGCUCGGCUAAGAAUCCCCAAGACUCGACUUCAUAUACCCUGCUGCCUACAUCACCUGACCAGGAUACGACCUUGACAGCUCCUGAAACCGCGAAUAUUAACAAGGCUGCUCUUACCACCGCUCAAAGCUCGGCUACGCAUGAUAAUCCCGAAGAUUCCACUACGCAUACCCUGCUGCCUACACGACCGGACCAGGAUACAACUUCGAGAACUCCUGAAACCACGGAUGUCAACAAGGCUUCUCUCGGCACUACUAAAAGCUUGGCUUCUCCUUCGGGGGGAGAAAGUUCAGCUCGAAGCCCAGCAGGAACAUCGGAAAGUGGGAGCUUUACCUCAUCAGAAGUUAUACAACAACCUCUUUCAAGUCAGCCGGCGUCCUAUAAUACCAGUUUUAUAGACCCAAUCACCCGUGCACGGGUAACACGCCACAGAGUUAGGACCAAGUCACAUUCGAUAGAGCCUGUGACUCAGCCCACAGAAGCCAUGACAGACGAGGAUGUUACUGGCAUUUCUACAAGAUCAGAGUCUGCCAAUCGCGACUACACAAUUAUUUCUUCUGAAUCGGGGGAGGCUGGCACAGUUGUCACCGAGGUUCCCAAUGAUUCUUCACAGAUUGUUGCGUCAAACAGUCUUUUGCCCCCGGGUAGAACUUCUGUGGCUCGGGGCGAUACCACGUUUACCACCGACGCUUCAAGCCAGCCCUCUUCCGCACUCUCUCUAUCAAUUCCCUACACAACACUCACCGUCAUGGGCGCAGAUAGCACCACUGUGACCAGCAUACAGACUCCUUCUCAGUCUGGUGUGAUAGAGACUGUAUUGGACGAACUAUCUACCCUUUCUAUCCCUGAUACAUCGACCGGCACUUCAGGAGCUGAUGAUGCUACUACAACCACCACGCAGAUUAAUUCUCUUCCUGAAGUUCUAUUUGCCUCCUAUACAUCAGUCACUACUUCAGAUACUGAUAGUGACACGGUUAUCUCUACGCAGACUCUUACUCAAUCCAGUGUCCUCUCUAUUCCCUAUACUACAGUCACCAUCUCGGGUACUGAUAGUACAACUGUACUCAGCACUCAGUCCCCUUCUCAACCUGGCGCAACAGGAACUGAGUUUGUCAAGUUACCUGCUUCUACACCUUCCAUAACAUCAAGUUUAUCCUACACCACUAUUACUGUCACCGAAACCGGCACUGGUACUGGUCCUACCACCAUCACAGAGGCCCCAUCUGGCUCUGAUGGUGUCGUUUCAGUGUUGAUUGGGGUCGUACUCCAAUCAACUCCUUACCUCACCAUUACAUCUUAUGAUGCAACAAUUACAGGUGCCUUCACAACUACAGUGACUCCGCAAGCUCCAGGGCAAACAGGAACUGUCAUUGUUUAUCAGCCUGAUCAGUGGGUGACUCUUACGUCUUAUGAUGCAACGGCUACUGCUGUAUCUACAGCCACAAUAUGGCCCUCUUCUCCAGGUGCAGUAGGCACUGUUGUCGUAUAUCAGCCUGAUCAAUGGGUGACUCUUACGUCCUAUGAUGCAACAGCAACAGCUGCAUCUACAGCUACGAUAUGGCCCUCGAGUUCAGGCGCAGCAGGUACUGUAGUUGUCUAUCAACCAGAUCAGUGGGUGACUGUUACCUCUUAUGGCGGGUUAGUGACAGCUGCAUCUACAAGCACUAUAUCCCCGUCUGGUCCAGGCGCCACUGGAACAGUGGUGGUCUUUGAGCCACAAUCAGCCGUGACCAUCACCCGUUAUGGAAGCGUCACAGCUUCUACAAUGAAGACAGAGAACCCUCUCAGACCUGAUCAGGCGAUGACUGUAUGGAUUGAUCUACCUCAAUCUUAUACCACGGUCACCAACUAUGGCUCUUUCACCGCACCAUUUACUACAACAUACCCAGUCUCUAGUCCAGGUGGUCUCGGCACUGUUGAGGUUGAUCUUCCGCAAUCUUAUACCACUAUCACCAACUAUGGGGCUUUUACUGCACCUACUACUACGACAUACCCUGUCUCCAGUCCAGGUGCGCUCGGCACUGUAGAGGCUGACCUUCCUCAAUCUUAUACAACAGUGACAAACUAUCGUGCAGGUAUCACUGCACCUACUACCACAACAUACCCUGCUUCCAGUCCAGGUGACCUUGGAACUAUAGAGGUUGAUCUUCCUCAAUCAUAUACAACAGUGACACACUUUCGUGCGGAUAUCACUGCCCCUGAAUCUUCGAUCUUUCCGGCAGUUUCGGCAGGUGGUCUCAUGAAGGUAGUUCUCGAUCUUCCCGAGUCAUACACAAUUGUCACAGCGUAUGACGAUACCAUUACUGCGCCUUUCACCACAACAUACGAGCCUUCCAUUCCUGGGGACUUUGCCACUGUUCUUGUCAAGGUUCCUCAGGCAUACACAACUGUCACCAGCUACGGUACUUUCACAACUCCUCUGACAACAACAUUGAAGCCAUCUUCUGCAGGCGGUGUUGGUACUGUAUUAGUGGAUCUCCCCCAGUUAUACACAACUGUUACCAGUUAUGGCUCCUUCACAGCUCCUCUAACAACAACACUAGCACCUGCUGCACCUGGGGACAUAGCCACUGUUGUUGUUCAAGAGCCCCAGUCCUAUAUAACUGUUACCAGUUAUGGCUCCUUCACAGCUCCUCUAACAACAACACUAGCACCUGCUGUACCUGGUGAUGUAGCUACUAUUGUUGUUCAAGAGCCGCAGUCCUAUAUAACUAUAACUAGUUAUGGCUCCUUUACAGCAGCUGCCACUACUACUAUAGCACCAGGCUCUCCAGGGGACCCAGGUACUGUUAUUGUUCAAGAGCUGCAGCCCUAUACAACUGUGACUAGCUAUGGCUCCUUUACAUCUGCUGCUACUAUCACUAUGACACCGGGAUCUCCAGGGGACCCAGUUACUGUUCUAGUUCAAGAUCCUCAGCCUUAUACAACUGUAACCACCUACGGAACCUUUACAGCUGCUGCUACUAGCACCUUAUCCCCUGGUGCACCAGGCGAUCCAAUUACUGUGCUUAUCCAGGACCCUCAGUUAUACACAACCAUAACCACCUACGGAACCUUUACAGCUGCUGCUACUAGCACCUUAUCCCCUGGUGCACCAGGCGAUCCAAUUACUGUGCUUAUCCAGGACCCUCAGUCAUACACAACCAUAACCACCUACGGAACCUUUACAGCUGCUGCCACUAGCACCUUAUCCCCUGGUGCUCCAGGUGACCCGAUUACUGUUGUCAUCCAGGAGCCCGAAUCAUACACUACUAUCACUAGCUGGGGGUCUAUCACAGCAGCUACAACUCAUACCUUAUCGCCUGGUGCUCCAGGUGACCCAGUUACUGUUGUUGUCCAGGAGCCCGAAUUAUACACCACUAUCACUAGCUGGGGGUCUGUCACAGCAGCUACAACUCGUACCUUAUCGCCUGGUGCUCCAGGUAACCCAGUUACUGUUGUCGUCCAGAAACCCGAAUCAUACACCACUAUCACUAGCUGGGGAUCUGUUACAGCAGCUGCUACUAGUACCUUAUCCCCAAGCUCUCCAGGCGACCCAAUUACCGUCGUUGUACAGGAGCCUCAGCCGUAUACCACUAUUACUAGCUGGGGGUCGGUCACAGCUGCUGCUACUAGUACCUUAUCCCCAAGCUCUCCAGGCGACCCAAUUACCGUCGUUGUACAGGAGCCUCAGUCGUAUACAACUGUGACUAGUUAUGGCUCGGUCUCAGCCGCAACUACGUCCACUCAGACUGAUCCUGCCAACGGGCAGCCUGCGACUGUACUUGUGGCCCUUCCAGCCGUUGGCACAAAAGUAGCUGACCAAUCGUGUAAUAACGCGGGACUAGAAUACGCUAUUUACAAUAACUCGUUUUAUAAUAGCGAUGCUCCUCACUACUCAUCCUUCAGCCCGGAAUCCUUCAAGACAACUCAACCAACUUUCACUGGUAUCACGGACCGAAUUGGCAUUAUGGAGACAGGAAAUACAACUUUCGGACACACCAGCGAUCCCCAGAGCAUCUAUCCUAACUCACCAAGUCAGACAUGGAACUACAAGGCUGUCAAUCAUCGUUCCUUCCUCUAUACACCUAUUUCUGGUAUAUACACUAUUCAGGUCCCGUAUAGUGAUGAUGUAGCAAUUGUUUGGUUUGGUUCUAAGGCUCUAUCUACCUGGACACGCAGUAAUGCGGAUUUAGAGCAGGAGUUUAUUUCAUAUGGAACUUCUAUACCCCUGCAAUACCAGGUUCAACUUACAGCUAAUACCUAUACACCAAUGCGUGUUUUCUGGGCUAAUGCCCAGGGAGACUUUGCUAUGAUUGUUACAGUUACAGCUCCAGAUGGAACUGUUAUUGUUGAUGGCAGUGGAUCACAGAAUAAUUACUUUGUUAGGUUUGCCUGCGAUCACAGCACCCCUUCAUACCCUGCCUUUGGAAGUGGUGGCUAA